AUGGGGGACAAGAAGUCGGACAUGUACGACGUCAACUGGCAGAAGGUCUGGCCCGACCGCAUGCCCGUGAUCCUGCGCGACCUGGCGCCCACGAACCCCUUCAACCCGCGCAACCUGUGGCCGGAGGAGCAGGAGGAGGAGGCCGCCGCGGCGGCGCAGGCCCAGACUCAGACUCAGGCCCAGGCCCAGGCGGCCAAGGACAAGAAGGGCGCCAAGGAGGACAAGAAGGGCGGCGCCGGUGGCAGUGGCAAGCUCAAGAAGGCGGACCUGAUCCGCAUGCAGCUGGCCAAGGACAAGGCCCAGAAGCAGAGCAAGGUGGACGAGGAGAAGCUGGCCAACGUCAAGAAGUCCAAGAACCUGCUGGACAUGAAGAUGGUGACGCCCACGGGCCGCCUCAAGCAGCUGUACGAGAUCCUGCGCGACUGCUGCAAGAAGAAGGAGUUCACGGACGCCGUGGACACGCUCUGGGAGAUCCAGCGCACCAAGCUCAUGCCCGAGCGCUCGGCACUGGGCCCCGACGGCCGCAAGAAGCACGAGAAGCAGCGCAAGAUGGACGAGGAGGAGGACGCCAAGCUGCAGGCCGAGCUCAACGCCGUGCACAAGAAGUACCGCAAGUACGUCAAGACGGUCAACGAUUACCUAUCCGGCAAGGACCUGAUCGAGUGGCAGCUCACGGAGAUGUCGGACCGCCUGCCGCCGCUCAACAUGCACCACAUGAACAAGUUCAUCCUCGACGACUGGCAGCGCACGGUGCUGGGCCACAUCGACCAGAACCACUCGGUCAUCGUGUGCGCGCCCACGAGUUCCGGCAAGACGGUGCUGUCCUCGUACGUGUCGGUCGUCGGUGGCAAGGUGCUGUUCAUCGUCCCCACGGACCCGCUGGCGUGGCAGGUUGCCGCGCUCUUCCAGGCCAUGGUCAAGGGAUCCGUGGCGCUCAUCACGGAAGGAACGGUCUUCCUGCCGCCUGGUUUCCGCAUCGCUGUCGGUACGCCGCGCGCCGUUGAGUCGACGCUCGUUGAGAUCGGCUACGACUUCCAGUACGCCGUGUACGACGAGGUCCACGACCUGAACGGACCCGAGGGCGACGCCCUGGAGCGCAUCAUCAAGGCUGUGACGUGCCCCUUCUUGGCUCUGUCCGCCACCAUCGGCAACGCCCAGAAGCUCAAGAGCUGGUGGGAGUCGCACCUGGCGCGCGACGUGCAUCUGCUGGAGUACAAGGGCCGUUUCAUUAACCUGCAGCGUAUCAUUUGGUUCGAGGAGGAGGCCAAGGAGGAGAGCGCCAACAAGAAGGAGAUGGUCUACCUGCACCCGUGUGCCGGUGUGACGCUGGACUACCUGACCACGAUCGGUUUCGACGCAGGUGAUCUGGCGUUCACCCCUCGUGAUGCGUUCGCCUUGUGGCAGGCCAUGGAGAAGUUCUACCCGAAGGAGCUGAUUGAAGACGUGGACCCGCACAAGUUCUUCGAGCUGGAGGACGAGACCGAGGGCGACGCUGCAGCCCCCGCCGCUUCGAGCAAGAAGGACAAGAAGGGCAAGAAGGAGAAGAAGUCCAAGAAGGACAAAAAGUCCAAGAAGGACGAUGACGACGAUGAGGAGUUCGUCGUAGACCUGGGCAAGCGCACUCACCGUAUCACGCUGAUGGAGUCCAAGAAGUACGAGGACAAGAUCAAGAAGCGCCUGGAAGAACUGGCGUCCAAGGAACCGAAGAUCACCCAGACUCUGCUCGACUUCUUCGCGCCUCCGGCUAGUCUGCAGGACAUCACGGUGGAGCUGCACGACCCGCGCGACAUCAACCCCACCAGCUCGGUGGACGUGUAUGCGCUCGUGAACCAGCUUUGCGCCAAGAACCUUGUUCCUGCCAUUGCAUUCCAGCUCGACUCCGUCCGGUGUCGCCAGCUCUUCAACCAGCUCCUUGCGUCCAUUGAGGCCGCCGAGACGGCCAAGUACCCGAACUUCCGCGAGAAGGUGCAGCUUGAGUACGCCGAGUGGGAGAAAAACCAGGCGACCAUGAAGAAGCGCGCGGACAAGGUGAAGGCCAAGGGCAAGGAGGAGGACGACCGCGAGGCCCAGGCAUUCGAGGAGAAGCCGCCUCCGGACAUUUACGCCCCGCACCCGGACUUCGUCCUCACCCCUGCUGGCUCGCGCCUCACUGCCACGGAGUUCAAGGAGAUCAAGUGGCAGCUCCGUCGUGAGCUUUCAGAGGAUUCGGAUGACGGACACGCGCUGGUGCGCUCGCUUCGCCGCGGUAUUGCUAUCUACAACCAGAACCUGCCCGCGGCCUAUCUGCGUAUUGUGCAGGCCCUUGCCCAGGCUGGUCGUCUCGCGGUUGUCUUUUCGGACGACUCGCUGGCCUACGGUGUCAACAUGCCGUUCCGCACGUGCUGCUUCUGCGAGGACACACCGAACGACGUCCUGACCUCGCUGAUGGUGCAGCAGAUGGCUGGUCGCGCCGGUCGUCGUGGUCUGGACAGGCAGGGUAACAUCCUGUUCGCUGGCCUCUCGUGGUCGCGCAUCCAGUUCUUGAUGCGCGGUCUGCUGCCGGACGUCACGGGCCGCAAGUCGAUGUACCCGACGAUCGCCCUGCAAAAGCUGCUCUCGAACAACGUGACGGGCGACAUCAUGCAGCGCAUUGUGGCGCACCCGCUGCACGACUACAUGCUCCAGGAGGCCACGCCGUCGUCCCCGAAGAAGCAGGAAUCGUACUUGACCAAGUCGGUCGAGUGGAUGACGCACUUCGGCUUGACCAAGCCGGAGUACAGCCUCGCGGUGGACGUGUCGGUCGCCAAGCUCGUGUGGGAGUGCCGCGACGACCCGUCGGAGGCGCUGGGUAUCUUCUGGAUCCUGGAGGCGCUGCUGAAGGAGUUCCACCACAAGCCCGGUGACAACAUCGCGCUGCAGCUUGCGCUGUUCAACAUGCUGCUGCGCGUUGUUGGCCGCGAGAAGUUCCACCCGGAGUACGCGCACGGAUCCGAGCUUGCCCCGCUCCCUGGCCAGGAGGAGGCUUGGGAGAAGAUAUCGGCCAUGCUGCAGACGUACGAGGCCAAGCUGAACGAGCUGGGCGAGAACGCGCCGGAGGAGCUGCGCCUGCGGGUGGCCUUGACCGACCCGCUCGACGGCUACGUCUUCCGCACCGUCGUGGAGAACCUGAUCCCUCAGGGCCUUGGCACGUCGCAGCUGAACCAGAUCAAGAAGCGCCUGCGUCGCGUGGGUGACCGCCUCCGCCUGAUGCACAACCUGCUCAUGUACAGCGGACGCUACGGCGAGCUGGAGGAGAUCGUGCGUAAGUGUUUCCGCCGUAUCAAGUGGAUCCUGAUCGACUCGGAGGUGUAA